AUGGCAGAUAAAUCCAUUAUAGGAAUAAGUUAUAAAUUGUGCCCUAAUACCAUACUGAAAUGGAUUUCCAAAUACCAGGAAGGAAAAGGGAUAGCAUCAUUGGCGUCACUGUCAGAAACACAUCAAUUGUUAUACAAAACAUGCAGGGAUUUUGCUGAGGGAGAACUUAAACCUAUAGCUGCAAAAACUGAUCGUGAAAAAUUGUUCCCUAAAAAACAGAUCGAAGAAAUGGGCGAAUUAGGCCUUAUGGCUGUAUGUAUUCCCGAAAAUGUUGGAGGGACGGGUCUUGAUUAUUUAUCUUAUGCUAUUGCCACGGAACAGAUUUCUAGAUGCUGUGCUUCGGCUGGUACUAUAAUGGCCGUGCAAAAUAUUUACGUCAACGCCAUAAACAAUUUCGGUAACGAUAAACAGAAAGAAGAAUUCCUACGACCAUUUACGGAUGGGAAACAAAUAGGUUCAUUUUCUUUGAGCGAGCCAGGGCUAGGAAGUGAUGCUAGUGCUGUGUCGACAAAAGCUACGAAAAAGGGUUCCAACUAUAUAAUCAAUGGAACGAAAUCCUGGACUACCAAUGGUUUCGAAUCUAAAGCAUUAGUCCUAUUCGCAUCCACUGAUAAAUCAAAAAAACACAAAGGGAUUAGUUGCUUUUUGUUGAAAAAAAAUUUCCCAGGUUUAUUCGUGGGGAAAAAAGAAGACAAAUUGGGCAUACGAGGAUCGUCGACGUGCGGUUUGGUAUUCGAAGACUGUCCCGUACCCGAAGAAAAUGUCUUAGGCGAGCUGGGAAAGGGUUUCAGUUAUGCGAUGAUAACUUUAGACGCCGGCCGCAUAGGAGUCGCCGCACAAGCUUGUGGUAUCGCCCAAGCGUCCUUGGAGCUAGCUGUCGAUUACGCUUCCAAAAGAAACUCGUUCGGAGUGCCGAUCGCCAAAUUGCAAUUGAUACAGAACAAAAUCGCUGAUAUGGCGUUGAGAGUGGAGAGCGCCAGGCUUCUGACGUGGCGUGCGGCUUAUCUGAAAGACUCGAACACGUCGCACGCGAAAGAAGCCGCCAUGGCCAAGUUGGCGGCGUCCGAGGCGGCCACGUUCAACGCGCACCAGUGCAUACAGGUGUUGGGUGGCAUGGGUUACGUGUCGGACAUGCCGGCCGAGAGGUAUUACCGCGACGCCAGGAUAACGGAAAUUUACGAGGGAACGUCUGAGAUCCAGAAGAUAGUGAUCGCUGCCAACGUGUUCAAAGAGUAUGGAGUGUAG